AUGUCUGAUAGUCAAGAAGACUUUGAUACAGCUCCCGACCAUUUCUUGGAGCUAAAGUCGCAUCAUGGUAUAUUCCAUGGGUUGAAGUUCUAUUUCGCGGAUGAUGUCAACAAAGACUUCUACAAGUCUAUUGUUACGAAACUAGGUGGGACAGUUUUGGAUGACCCGCCUAAGGAUGUACAGUCAGGCCAGUAUAUUGUUUCGCAUGUUAAUACCUUUGAGAUGCCAACCGUGGACCCCCUGUUUUUAAGCAACUCGGCGGAACAGAAUACGCUACUGAAUAUAGCACCUUUUAUUUUGCCUCCGGUGAAUGAAAACGCAGCCUACGAUGUGGAAGUGCCUGACGCAGAUAGCAGUAUUGACAGUCGUAUAACAAAGGCGAGUGAAAAGCAAGAGAGAGAGGCGCAGGCUCAGGCGGAAGCUGAAGCACGUGGUCGUCAUCACGAUGUUGCUUCGGCGGCUAUUGCCGCAGCAGCAGCGUCACUUGGUCAUUCUGAAGACGAGAGGGAAGGUAAGAAGGAUGAUCAUGGGCUUCGCAGGCACGUCAUGGACGCCGGGGUACGCUUGGAACAAGGCGAGUCUCCUGUAUCGGACGUGAAUGAAAGGAAUGUUUCCGCAGAUGCGACUGGAGCUGUGGCCAUCGGAGAGCCUUCGAAAACGGUAUUGAGCAGGUCCAGCAAUCUCCCACCUCACAACAAAUCUUCAUUCACCGAGGAGGAAGAUGAGUUUAUACUAGAUGUGGUGCGUAAAAAUCCCACCAGGAGAACAACCCAUACUUUGUUUGACGAAAUUUCCCACUAUGUCCCUAACCAUACUGGAAACUCAAUAAGGCAUCGUUACCGCGUAUAUUUGUCAAAACGAUUGAACUACGUCUAUAAGGUUGAUGAAAAUGGUAAAUUACUUAGGGAUGAAAAAGGAGAAUUUAUUAAAACAGAUGUUCUUCCACAGGGCCUGAAGAGAAAAUUUACCGCAGAGGAAGACUACCAAUUAGCUAUCAAUAUUAAAACUCAGUUUUACAAGGAUAUCUAUCAAAGUGAUCCAACUACUGGGGAAUCUUUGAUUAGAGAUGAUGACGAGCCAAGCACUGUUGCGAAAAGAAAGAUGGUUAUGGAUCCAACAUUCAUCCCAGGCAAGGAACCAAGUUUCCAGGAGUAUACUGUUGGAGAUCGUAGAGGCCCGUUGUCCCGUGAAUUUUUCAAAACCUAUGGCGAAAAAUACCCUAAGCAUACUGAAAACGCAUGGAGGGAUAGGUUUAGGAAAUUCCUACUUAAUUAUGGAAUUGAUGAAUAUAUUGCUUACUAUGAGAAUGAAAGGGCGAACAACAGAAUCCCUGAGCCAAUGAAGAAUAUGACGAACCGCGUGAAGCGGCCAGGGCCAGCUCCAGGAAACUAUAAUAACGCUAAGAAAGUGAAGUUUAUGUCACCAACUGGCCAGCAGCCUACAUCUGCGUCCACCAACCAAUACACAAUACCUCAGGAUGACUUGUUAGACGAAGAGACCUUAAGUUUCAUCACUGGGUUGAAAAGGGACUUAUCCAGGAUGGAGAGUCACCAGAAUGCUGCACCAGAUGUUCCAUUUGAGUAUACACAAGAGUUGGCAGAAUCUAUUCGUAAUAACUUUGCUAUGGAGGAGACUCAGUUUGAUACCAUCAAUCCAGAUGAGAUACCUUUCCCACCGCCAAUUGCCACAACAGAUUUAUUUAUGCCUGAAUUCUUCCAUUUUGCUUCUACUAGAGAGUUUUUAAAUAAGGUUCAUGACAUUGUCAACAGAACGUACCACACAUCGCAGGCAGAGAAAUUAGUAGAAGAUCUUCGGGACGAAUGUGGCAUUAGAAAAGCUUUUAGUACCUCUAUUUUAACCGCUCUUUCCGGUGAUCUAAUGGUUUUACCCAGGUAUUUCCUCUGUGCGUUCAGGUACUCUGCAAAUCCACCAAUGAAUGUUCCUGGUAUCUGGACUAAGGAGGACGAUGAAAUGUUAAAGAAUGGAUCCGAAGAGGAUAUGAAGCUGCUUGUUAAAAAGCACGGUACCGGUAGAAUAGAAAUGAGGAAAAGGUUUCAUCAAAACGACUUAGUAUAG